AUGAAGGAAGCCAUCAAAUCUUUUUUCAGAACAGGAAAAUUGUUAAAAGUCAAUGCAACCAUAAUCACAUUGGUUCCAAAGAAGGCUAAUCCAGUUUCGAUGGGGGAUUAUCGUCCUAUUUCCUGUUGCAACAUGAAGCUAACAAUAGAAGAUUGUGGAAGCUUAUUGGAGAAGAUCUCUGCCAGGAUAGAUUCUUGGUUGGCUAAGAAAUUUUCUUUUGUUAGGCGGUUGCAGCUACUGUCUUCGGAACUGAUUCGAUUAAAGCCAAAGCUUAAGGUUUCUUGGAAGCUGGUUUGUGCGCCAAAAACUGAAGGGGGAUUGGGGUUAAAGAGAUUGGAAACUUGGUCUUGCUUAUGGUGUUGGCGGAAAUUAUUGAAACUAAGGGAUUUAGCCAGGAAAUUUUUGAAGCUUCAGUUACGAGAUGUGCGGAAUAUUCAUUUGUGGUUGAACAGUUGGCACCCAGAUGGGAUCCUCCUUGACAGAUAUGGUUUUCAAACUAUAUAUGAUGUUGGGAGUAGUUUAGAAGCUAAAGUUUCAAGUGUGAUGAGAGAAGAAAAUUGGUGUUGGCAAUCGGCUCGUUCAGACAACCUGGUUCUUAUACAUAGUAAGCUGGUUUUAGUUAAUGUUGGGGAAAAGGACACCUGUUUAGAGUGUGUCGAAGAAAGGGUGUACAGUAAUGCUGAUACUUGGGAGGCACUCAGGUUGAAGCAUCCGAAGGUUUCUUGGUGGAGGUUAGUUUGGUUAGCCAUGGCAAUUCCAAAGCAAGCUUUUCUCCUUUGGCUUGCUAUUAGGGACUCUUUAGCUACAGAGAGGAAGAUGCUGAGUUGGGGAUAUAAAGGAGAUGUCUCUUGCUCCUUCUGUCUAAUAAGAUGUAUAGAAGAUAGAGAUCACCUGUUUUUCCAAUGCAGCUUUAGUAGGAGAAUUUGGAAAGAACUCUUGCAUUUGUGUCGUGUUGAUAACGAGUAUGUGGAUUGGGAAGAUAUCCUGAAAUGGGGUCUACUGGAAUUAAUGAGGAUCACAAUGAAAGCUGUCUUAUGCAGGGCUAAGCUGGAGUGCUGCUGUGUAUUCUCUUUGGAAGUUGAGGAAUGCCAUUAG